UGUUUGAAUAUCACACUCCAUCAAUAUCAUACAUAUAUAGCUGCCAACUUCUCUUAAGCAGACUCACUCGUAUCAUAUAUUCAUUUUCUGUGAAGGACAGUCACCAAGGUUAAUUAAGGAGCUUGAGAUGGAAAACCUCAAUGAAAAUGGCUUCCAACUUAGUGUGAAGCUGAGUGAACCAGCUCUGGUUCUUCCUGCAGAAGAAACAAAGAAAGGCAUGUACUUUCUGUCCAACCUUGACCAGAACAUUGCAGUGAUUAUUAGAACAGUUUAUUGCUUCAAAACUGCUGAGAAAGGGAAUGAGAAGGCUGGGGAAGUUAUCAAGAGUGCUUUGAAGAAGGUUCUGGUUCACUAUUACCCUCUUGCUGGGAGGCUGAGUAUAAGUCCAGAGGGUAAGCUAAUUGUGGAGUGCACAGGGGAGGGUGCUCUGUUUGUGGAGGCUGAAGCAAAUUGUUCACUGGAAGAGAUUGGUGAUAUCACAAAGCCUGACCCUGGGACUCUUGGUAAGCUGGUUUAUGAUAUUCCUGGUGCAAAGCACAUCCUUCAAAUGCCUCCUUUGGUUGCUCAGGUGACCAAGUUCAAAUGUGGAGGCUUUUCUCUUGGUCUGUGCAUGAACCACUGCAUGUUUGAUGGCAUUGGAGCUAUGGAGUUUGUGAAUUCAUGGGGUGAAGCAGCAAGAGCUCUACCCCUCUCUAUUCCCCCAAUCCUAGACAGGAGCAUCCUCAAGGCAAGAAACCCACCAAAGAUAGAGCACCUGCACCAAGAAUUUGCAGACAUUGAAGACAAAUCCAACACCAACACCUUAUAUGAAGAUGAAAUGCUCUACAGGUCCUUCUGUUUUGACCCUGAGAAGUUAAAGCAACUGAAAAUGAAAGCCAUGGAAGAUGGUGCUCUUGAAUCCUGCACAACUUUUGAAGUCCUCUCAGCAUUUGUAUGGAUAGCAAGAACCAAAGCACUCAAAUUGCUGCCAGAGCAGGAAACAAAGCUCCUCUUUGCUGUUGAUGGAAGAAAAAAUUUUACCCCUCCUCUCCCAAAAGGGUACUUUGGGAAUGGAAUUGUUUUAACAAACUCUGUGUGCCAAGCAGGGGAAUUGUCAGAGAAGAAGCUGUCACAUGCUGUGAGGCUGAUUCAAGAUGCAGUGAAGAUGGUCACAGACAGUUACAUGAGAUCUGCUAUUGAUUAUUUUGAGGUCACAAGAGCAAGGCCUUCUCUGGCUUGCACUCUUCUGAUUACUACUUGGUCUAGGCUUGGAUUUCAUACUACUGAUUUUGGAUGGGGGGAGCCUGUUCUGUCAGGGCCUGUGUCACUGCCUGAGAAGGAAGUGAUUCUAUUCCUUUCUCAUGGGCAAGAGAGGAGGAACAUUAAUGUGCUUCUGGGUUUGCCUGCUUCUGUCAUGAAGAUCUUCCAGGAUUUGAUGCAGAUAUAGCCAAAUAGGGCCCUAUAUGUUAUAUGAUUAUGUUCAUUUAAUGGAUUCUGUUAUUUCCAAAAGAAAAGAGCACUUGUUCGGUUUUUGAAUAUAUUGGUUCUGAUCAAUAACCAACCCCUUCCUUAAUUAUAUUUGUUGAAGUUAGUUUAAUGUCCUACUUUGUAAUUUCAUAAUGCAGAAGUACAUUUGUUCAUCAAACAC